AGCCUUACUUAUACGUACAGCCACAGGAGGAGCAGCAAGAGACCUCAAGUGAAGGCUGCUCUACAUUGAUAUACAGGUGUUCUCUCCAUCCUGUCUGGCAGAGAUGGCUUCUGCUCUGCGGCCCAGAGAGUGCACAGUGAGCAAGCAGCCCCAGCAGAAGUACGGGUUCUUCCUGCGGGUUGAGCAGGACACGGCAGGACACAUCAUCCGCAACGUGGAGCGCGGCAGCCCGGCCGACAGCGCCGGCCUGCAGGAUGGAGACAGGGUGCUCCGGGUCAACGGCGCCUUCGUGGACAAGCAGGAGCAUGCACAGGUGGUGGAGAUGGUCAGGAAUAGCGGGAAUUCCGUAGUGCUCCUCAUCCUGGAUGAUGCAUCCUAUGAAAAGGCACAAAAGGAGGGAGUGAACUUGGAAGGGCUGGGUCAAAAGGCAUCCACAGGCCAACAGCAGGAGCAGCAGUGCCCACCAUCCACGGCCACUGCAGCUCCACAGCCCCGGCUCUGCUACCUGGUGAAGGAGGAGACAGGCUACGGCUUCUCCCUGAAAAGCACAGAAGGACAGAAGGGGCUGUUCAUAGUAGAGCUUUCAUCUCAAGGAGCAGCUGCAAAGGCUGGUGUCCAAAAUAACGAUCGCCUGAUUGAAAUCAAUGGGAAAAAUGUGGAAAAUGACACCCACGAGGAAGUGGUGGAAAAGGUAAAGAAGUCUGAAAAUCAUGUUAUGUUUCUACUUUCAAAUGAAGAAACAGACCGCUAUUUCACAAGCCAGAGGAUGGCACUGAGCAAAGAGAGCGCCAGCCUAAGGUUGCUUCCCCUCAAACCACGACUUAUUGAGAUCCAGAAGGGAAAAAGCGGUUAUGGAUUUUAUCUACGGCUGGAACAAAAUACUGGUGACCACGUCAUCAAAGAUGUUAGUUUUGACAGCCCAGCAGCCAUGGCAGGUCUGAAGGACAAUGACAUCCUAGUGGCUGUCAAUGGCGAGCGAGUGGACGGGCUGGAUCACGAAAGCGUGGUGGGAAAAAUAAAGCAGUCUGAGCAAAGAACCUCCCUGCUGGUGGUGGAUAAGGAAACUGACAGCAUGUACAAACUGGCUCAGAUUUCCCCUUUCUCAUACUACUACAAAGCACAGGCUUCAACCCUGGCUAAAAUGGAGGAAAGAGUGGAGUUGCACACUGAGCAGAAAGUGAACCACAAGCCAAGGAUCUGCAAGAUGGUGAAAGGACCUAAUGGAUUUGGCUUCAGUUUAAAUAUGAUCAAGAACAAACCUGGAUUGUUCAUCACUGAGGUACAAAGCCAGGGAGCAGCUGGCAGAGCAGGUGUGGAAAACAACGAUUUCCUGGUGGAAGUGAACGGAGUGAAUGUGACCAAGGAAUCCUAUGACAAGGUGGUGGCAAGGAUCCAGAGCACUGGGGACAGACUGACACUGCUGGUGUGCAGCAGAGAUGCUUACAGGCAGACUCAUCCUCCUCCUCCUCCCAAUCAGCAGCCUCCACAAGAGCUGACAGCGACAACAGUGAUGACACAAAGUUGUGAAGAGACAAAACUAUGCCAAGAACAACAAAAAAGAAACCUGCCAAAUCUUUUCUUCAGUUCUUCUUUGCUAUUCCACCUCUCAGAACUUGGCUGUUCCAAGGAGUACCAGAACCAUGAAAGACUGCAAAGCCUGGCUGCAAUCAACACUUCAGUGUAACCUGCAUCCAUUUAACACCCUGCAGUUGUGCUCCACCGGCACAAUUUCUGCCUUGUGGAAUGGGCACUCAUUCACUUCUGAAAAGGCCUAAAGAACUGCAACUUUAUAAUUAAUGUCCUGCAGCAGGAGCUGGAAAUGUUUUAUAGAUUUGUAAGCAUCUUAGGCUGUUAUGGAUAAGCUCUUAAUAAAGAGCAAUUGAUUUCUGCCCAUUUCCCAGGAAAAGGAGCUCUCCAAGGCCAUCACCUCAAUCUCUGUGGCAUCUUUGCUUACAGCAGUACAGCUGCUCUGAAAUGGCAUUAUGAUCCUUUUUCCUGCUAACAUUGCAGAAACUUCCUACAAACAUUAAGCUAACUUUGUAAUUCACAACUCGAGAUGUUUAAUCACUAUUUAGUCUCCUCUGCAUACAGUUGUGGAUGUAAUUCAGUCAUGCACAUUUGUCUAACCCCAAGUCACCACCAUGUUGUCCUGAAUGUGACACAAAUGGUUCUGUAAUGCUGCUGCUGUGCACUUUGCUUCCUUGCUGUACACCAAAGACAAUACAAAAAUAAAUUGUUUAGAGUGGUUA